CGGUCGCUCCACGGCACUGGAGCAGGGCGGCGCCCCAGCAGCAGCGGCGGCGCACAGGAGGAGCGCCGCGCUCGCCGACCCGGGCCUUCUCCCCGCGCUCCGCCUCCCCGCGUCGCUCGCCUCUGGUCGGCAGCGCCUCGCCCGCAGCCUCCUCUGCUCGGUUCCUCCCAGCCGGCGCCGAAUUCCCUGCUCUAGGUGGCAGAAUCUCUUCGCUACAGCUUUAGGGAUGUCGUCCUCUUCCACAAUCGAGGGCAAGGAUGGCGAGUUCACCGAGGUCGUGGUGGUGCGGCAUGGCGAGACUUCCUGGAACGCCUUGCGCAUCAUACAGGGGCACUUGGAUGCAGAGCUGAAUGAGAUUGGGAGGCAGCAAGCUGUUGUGGUAUUGUAUGGCUUACUUAUAUAUUACUACAAGACAUCUGGAGUAGCAUUUUUUAUGUGGAACUUGUUUGACUCUAAUGCCCAGGUUGCUCAUCGGCUGUCCAAAGAAGCCAAACCAGCUGCCAUAUACUCGUCGGAUUUGAAGCGGGCGGCAGAGACUGCAAGAACAAUAGCAAAAUUCUGCAAUUUACCAAAUGUUGUGUUUGAUCCUGCACUUAGAGAAAGACACAUAGGAGAUGUCCAGGGCCUGACGCUUCAAGAUGCUGUCAAAGAAAAGCCAGAGGCUUACAAAGCUUUUAUGUCCCACAAGAGAAACCAGCAAAUUCCUGGUGGUGGAGAGAGCCUUGAUCAACUGUCAGAGCGAUGUGUCUCAUGCCUGUAUAAAAUAGUCGAGAAACAUAGAGGGGAGCGAGUUAUCCUGGUAUCUCAUGGAGGAACCAUCAGAGAGCUCUACAGGCACGCCAGUCCCAUGCCGCUUCGCGGCAAAAUACACAACACGUCGGUUACUGUCGUGCUCGUUUCUGGUGACACUGGCCGCUGCAUUGUCAAGAUGUGUGGAGAUGUUAGCCACCUUGAGGCCACCGGUGUUCUGGAGAAUGCGUUUGGGGGCGACAAGUCUUCAGCCUAAGAGCACCCCACCUGCAGCAGUUCUUACAUGUAGAGGAUACGGUUUACCAUCUUGUCGUCAUGUUUUUGCUGUAACACAUACGGGUGCGAUAUAUGGAGCGGAUGCUACUUGAAUACGGAUAUGGAUUAGAUGUUACUCAAUCGCAGCAUAUAUGGACGCUAAAAUUUAGUGA